AUGUCGCUUAUGACCCAGAGCUUCUUCUUUUUCCAAUGCCCAGUGCCCAACUGUAUCAGCACUAUUCAGUUUUUUGUAGCCAUGACCGGCGAUAACCGUCAUAUAGCAGAUUAUCAUGGUAUCCCUAUCUAUCCAACUGCAAGAGCUCUGCUUGGUCUUGCCAUCAAAAGGCGUACCACAAUCAUUCCUCAUCUCUCAAGCUUCGUCCGCUCGAUCCAGCAUGAUCGCUUCUUCUCUCGCAUCAGCAGGUACUGCAACAUCUUCCUCGCUUUCCACAUGUUUACCCCAUCCUCCUCUAUCAACCAAGACGCGACCCAUCCAGUAUACCAACAGCAACAGCAGCCAUUGCCCUCAUUAUAUCCUUCAGGAACAACGGCUGUUGAAGGAGUGGUAGCCCUUACACUUUCCAAGCCGAUCAGGGUCGGAUCAUUGUCUAUCACUCUUGGCGGAUCAUCGCACCUCGCCCUUACCUCAGAUAGUCACCAAAACCCUCGAAACCUCCCAAUAGCGAAAUUACCUAAUUCUCGCGACGCAUUACCCAGUAACUUGGAGCCCAAUCAAAUAGCAUAUUCGUUUGAAACCCAGGUGCCGAGCCGUGUUCUUGUAUCAAUAAUGACUCCUCAGGGAGGGACGAUUUGCCAGUUGACAGCAGAACUCGUGUUGGCGAAACUCAAGGUUGUGCCGGCUGGGAUCAUGGCAACUAUAUUGUCAGCAGCCUCAGCCUCAGUACUGUCUACGUCUCUAGUAAAUAACACAAUGAUACUAAAUAUCUAUCGAUCAGGGAUUUUGGACCAUCCAGCAAUGCUUUCUCGAAUGCUCGCUACAGGCUAUAUCAAGAUCUCAGUGACCGAAUGCGAUGUGGCCGAGAAACUGACGCAAUUGGUAGUCGUUGGGAUUCGAGAAUGUAUUAUAAGUACGCAGCGUAUGGAUAGUGGCUGGCUGUCAAACCCUUCCAUGACAGCACUAAUAAGCUCUGGCUUUUCAACUAUUGAGAGAAUUGCUCAAUUCAACACACCAAACCUUAUCCGGGACCCAAAUGAGCUUCAUUCUUCCCACAGUUGCAACGUAUCUACGUAUGAUCGGAUCCCAAAGAUGGAGUGCCAGCAACUAAAGAAAGACUUUGAAAACUAUCCCAUGGAUUUCUCUGAUGUCAAGUUAGGAUCCGACAUCGAGAUACACUUCCUUAGGUGUAGUUUGUUCAUAACAGAGCCGCCACUUAGGUUGGGUAAGAAACUGGCGGUUGAGCGUCAGAUUAGCGAUUUACCAGUUGUGGUUCGAGAGAUUCCUGAUAGAGUAGAGGUUAGUGAACGAGAUGGGCAUAUCCUACCCACUCUCACAAGCGAUCUCAUAUCAACUUCAACAUCUAUGGCAGACUUCAUAUUACCAAAUGAAGACUGCGAUGAUAAUGAAAUGUUCACUGCGAUUAUGAGAUCAAGGAUACUACCGUCCUAUGAAGACAGUAUAAGUCAACCAUCGAUCGACUCGGUAUUGAAUGGCCUGAUGUGGCUCUUCCCCUACCAAACGACACUUCUAAGCAUGAGGUUGGUAGGUCUUUGA